AUGCUGGCUACGCGUUUCGCCAGAGCUCUUCCCAGAGCCUCCACAUCAGCAGCAAGAUGGGCUGCACCCAUGCGAAAGCCCCUGGGCUCUAGCUUUGCCCGUUACGAGUCCACAGAAGGAAAGGUACAGGGUGCCGUCAUUGGUAUCGAUCUGGGUACCACCAACUCGGCUGUUGCCAUUAUGGAGGGCAAGGUUCCCAAGAUCAUUGAGAACUCGGAAGGUGCCAGGACAACGCCAUCAGUAGUAGCCUUCGCCCAAGAUGGCGAGCGGUUAGUCGGUGUCGCUGCCAAGCGCCAGGCUGUUGUCAACCCCGAGAACACACUCUUCGCUACCAAGCGAUUGAUUGGCCGAAAGUUCACCGACGUCGAGGUUCAGCGUGAUAUCAAGGAGGUCCCUUACAAGAUCGUCCAGCACACCAACGGCGAUGCCUGGGUUGAGGCUCGUGGUCAGAAGUACUCUCCCUCCCAAGUCGGCGGUUUCGUCCUCAACAAGAUGAAGGAGACCGCCGAGGCCUACCUGAGCAAGCCUAUCAAGAACGCCGUCGUCACCGUCCCUGCUUACUUCAACGACUCGCAACGUCAAGCCACCAAGGAUGCUGGUCAGAUCUCUGGUUUGAACGUUCUCCGUGUUGUCAACGAGCCUACCGCCGCUGCUCUCGCCUACGGUCUUGAGAAGGAGGCCGACCGCGUUGUCGCUGUUUACGAUCUUGGUGGUGGUACUUUCGAUAUCUCCGUUCUCGAGAUCCAGAACGGUGUCUUUGAGGUCAAGUCUACCAACGGUGACACUCACUUGGGUGGUGAAGAUUUCGACAUCAAGCUCGUUCGCCACCUCGUCGACGCUUUCAAGAAGGAGUCUGGCAUUGAUCUGUCCGGUGACCGCAUGGCCAUUCAGAGAAUCCGCGAGGCUGCUGAGAAGGCCAAGAUUGAGUUGUCUUCUUCCCUCCAGACUGACAUCUCUCUGCCCUUCAUCACUGCUGAUGCCUCUGGCCCUAAGCACAUCAACAGCAAGAUGACCCGAUCCGAGCUUGAGCGCAUGAUGGAUCCUCUCAUCACCCGCACCAUUGAGCCCGUCCGCAAGGCCCUGAAGGAUGCUGGCCUCCAGGCCAAGGAUAUCCAGGAGGUCAUCCUCGUUGGUGGUAUGACCCGUAUGCCCAAGGUCGCCGAGUCCGUCAAGAACAUCUUCGGCCGUGACCCCGCCAAGUCUGUCAACCCUGAUGAGGCUGUUGCCAUUGGUGCUGCUAUCCAGGGUGCUGUCCUGUCUGGUGAGGUCAAGGACCUUCUGCUCCUCGAUGUUACUCCUCUUUCCCUUGGUAUUGAGACCCUCGGCGGUGUCUUCACCCGUCUGAUCAACCGCAACACCACCAUCCCCACCAAGAAGUCUCAGGUCUUCUCCACUGCUGCCGACUUCCAGACUGCUGUUGAGAUCAAGGUUUACCAGGGUGAGCGUGAGCUCGUCAAGGACAACAAGCUUCUCGGAAACUUCCAGCUUGUUGGUAUCCCCCCGGCUCACCGUGGUGUUCCUCAGGUUGAGGUCACCUUCGACAUUGAUGCUGAUUCCAUUGUCCACGUACACGCCAAGGACAAGAGCACCAACAAGGACCAGUCCAUCACCAUUGCUUCCGGCUCCGGCCUGUCUGACUCUGAGAUUGAGUCCAUGGUUGCCGACUCCGAGAAGUACGCCGAGGCUGACAAGGAGCGCAAGUCCGCUAUCGAGUCUGCCAACCGUGCUGACAGCGUCUUGAACGAUACUGAGAAGGCUCUUAACGAGUUUGCCGACAGACUUGACAAGACCGAGGCUGAUGGUAUCCGCGAGAAGCUCAGCUCUCUCCGUGAGUUCAUCAGCAAGAGCCAGGCUGGUGAGGGUACUGCUACCGCUGCCGAGAUCAAGGAGAAGACAGACGAGCUUCAAAUGGCCAGCUUGAACCUCUUCGAUAAGAUGCACAAGGCCCGCUCCGAGAGCAACGACCAGUCCUCCAGCACCGAGGGCUCGUCGGAGGCCAAGCCUGAGGACAAGAAGCCUUAA